AGCUGUUCAACGUAUGGUUCCGGAGCAAAAUAAUGAACAAAUUAGAGCUGAAAAUAAAAGGUACGUUGAAUUUGCUUUGGAAAUGAUGAACUUAAAGCCAUCAUUUGCCAGAAAGUUAAACCCAUCUGGGUUAAGCCCAAUGCAUCUUGCUGUGCAAAAUGAUCAAACUUUAGUGGUACGGACGCUCCUAAAAGUCGACAAAGAUCUAGCUCGUGUCAAAGGCAAGGCUGGUCAGACCCCUUUGCAUUUUGCAGCAGACCAUGAAGCACUGGAUCUUUUAGUAGAGUUUCUGGAGGCAUGCCCUGAAUGCAUCACAGAUGUGAACAUACACGGCCAGACUGCUUUCCAGGUUGCUGUAAAAAACGGACGCUAUGAAGCUGCAAAACUCUUGGCUUCUUGGAUUUGCAGGAGUACCCACAAAAAUAGCACAACUUGGGAAAGGGUAGUGUUGAAUGGGGAGGACACUGAAGGAAACACCGUAUUGCAUAUAGCUGCACAAAAUAAUGAUCCCCAGAUGGUGAGUUUGUUAUUAAAAUUCAAUGUCUCCAAGAACAAGUUAAAUUUGAAGGGGCAAACAGCUCUAGAUAUAUCAGAAGGUCAGAAUAACGGCAGAGAGACUAGGGAUGUUCUUGGUCGGGCUAAAUGUCGGAAUGCUUCAGCUAUUCCUCCACGUCCAACCUUAGCCCAGUCAUUGAGAUCUACGGAGUUCUCACUCGAGGAAGUAUUAUUAAGGGAUGUGAAACGUCAGCUUAACAAAUUUUCGAAUGAAUCGCUCAAUGCUUUGCUGGUAGUAUAUGCCCUGAUCGUUACAACCACCUACCAAGCCUGCCUUACCCCUCCGGGGGGUUUUACACAGGAAAACAAUAUUCCUGGUAAUUUUACACAGGGAAACAUUACUAAUUUCUACAACAUCUCUUUAACAGAUCAAGAACAGUCUGUUGGGGUAUCAGUCCUGGACCCAGGUGUUUUUAAUUUUUUCUAUUUAGCCAACAGUCUCACUUUUGGUUUUACAGUUUUCACAAUGAUAGCACUCCUCCUCCUAACAGAUGCAGUAAAUGGCACGGUGAAUGCCAUGUUGAGCUACCCUUUACUUGUAUUACUCUUUAUCUGCUAUUCCAUCAGUGUGUUGACCAUAUCUCCAACUGACAACUGGAGUUAUUUUAUUCUUCCUUUCCUUGCUCCGACUUUCCCUUUGAAUUUAUUUUUGGCUAGGAAAUUGUACUACUUUAACGUUGCAGCAUGGAGAAAUAAUUUUCAUUAGUCAAAGAUGCAAUGAGCUCUCAAUUACAAUUUCAUGUGGGAAUAAACUUAUAUAUUUAAGUCAAUUACAUUUUGUUUAAGAUGUAAUAGCUAGCUAGACUCAUUAUUUUACAGCUUAAUUGAUACUAUUCUGAAUGUUAGAUGUAAGCUUUAAUUUUUGACAUGCUUUAUAGCUGUUAAUUAAUUUUAAACAUUAUAAUUUGAUUAAUAAAAAAAUUUAUCUUUU